CAUUUAUACUUUGGCUUAGUUUGACGGCCAUAAAUGCUUUCUAUAUGGCGCCGCAACCUUCUUAAAUGGGACCAAUAGCCUGCUGAUCCAUCGACAUGGAAAGGCAGCAAGCGUUUUCACGGUUGAAACCAGCAUGCGUCAAACUGCUUCAGGUCACGGCCAGUUUUGCUCAAAAGCCUACCGCCCGGACAGAGUUGGUGGACUCUCUGGCUCAACUUCUGAGCACCCUUCAAAGCGUGUCCGCUAAUCCCGUCGCUCUGGAUGCACGGCUUGCCGAGUAUGUCUUUGUGCCUAUAUCACAGGUCCUUCGGAUGUCUCGAACGGUACCUGUUCGAGCUCUGGAACUCUGCCUCGAAUGCAUUUCCAUUCUUCUAAGAGCAGGCUGGGGAGGCGGCCUUGCCCCUGAACUCUCCGGCCAGCUCCUCAUCCUCCUCACCUUCAUGGCCAAGCCCUCUUCCGCUGAGAACGGAAUACCCGGUACUUCUGAAGAGCUCCAAACAACGGCUCUCAAAUGCCUGGCGGAGCUUCUGCUCCACAUCUCUCGCAUUCCUCAAGGAAGACAAGCCCUUACUGCAACAGCAAAUAUUCCCGCGCUCGGAGAGGCAGUGCUUGUAACUCUCGACAGCCUCACCGACAGCAACUCGAACGGGGUCAAGCUUCAAGCUCUUGCUGCCAUAACGGCGCUCAUCACAGCUAUCGAUGACAAAGAUGCACUUGCCAGCUUUCUCCCACGGAUGGUAUCAUCCCUGACCAAGGUGUUAACCCCGAGCAGCAGCAACCGCGCAAGCUUUCGGGUUCUCGAACACGGCUUGAAGUCAAUGACUUCGUUAUUUCUUCGUCUGUUAAGCGAUCGCGAGACGAAGAGCCUAUCUCAAACAACUCAAGAAGACCCACAGGAUAAGAACAAAGUCAUACGUUCUGCGUCUUGGUUACACGCCACAGCCUCCCAAAUCAAGAUCGCACUAGCAAACGUCCUCAAGCUGCGAAACCAUGACAAGCCAGAAGUUCGGCAAGCGCUGCUGAACCUAUGCCUCACCGUCGUCCAAGAUUGCCGAAUCUCCCUCAGCGAGUGUGUGAGCAUGGUCAUCGAGACCAUGGUGACCCUCGCGGGGCGCGCGGGGCCUGAGGAUGCAGUAGAGACGCACUUGAAGAUCCUGCUCGCCACUAAUCAAAAGCUCUCCGGACUCCUGCGGGAAAGCCUCCAUGGUUGGGUUAUCUCGUUGCCCAGGCUGAUGCAAUCAAAGGACGACACAGGCCGACGCCAAAUCAUUCAUCAGAUCUCAGUUACGCUUCGAUUGCUCAAGGAAGACCAAGUUAUGGUAGACGAUCUUCUGGCGGAGAAUCUCCGCGAUGGUGUUUCGGCAAUUUUCAACGACUCCAAAGGGGCAGAGUCUCUUGUCGAAGUAACGUCGGCCGCGGCUCUCGGAAAGGAGCUUGUGCUCGGCCAGGCGACGUCUACAUCUUUCGAACCCUUACGGCUUCGUUUCAAAGGCCAGGAAGAUAUGAUGGCUGAGUUCAGACUCCUCAUCGGAGAACUUGCCAAGUCAGAUACCGCAAUUACGGUUGCACAAGAGUUGGUCAAUGGUGUGGACAUAGGAAGUCAAGAGAAGCGGUUAGCGAGCUUUUGGAUCGCGGUCAAUCUCGUCAGGGAUAUCAUGACCAGCAAUCCCGCCAUCGAUGAUUUUAUCGACCUGGGAGGCUCCAAUCCACAAGAAGAAGUGCUCGACAACCUAUACUCUCACUCGCUUGAUACACUCGGUCUGCAAGGCGCCGAUACUGUCCCGCAUUGGCACUUCCAAGCAUUAGCCUUGGAAGUCAUAGCCUUGCAGGCCAUGAGGCACAAAGCCGACUUCCGGGCCGAGCUAGGCGAGACUCUGUAUCCAGUCCUCCAUCAUCUCGGGAGCCCUAACCCUGGGCUGCGAAACCAUGCAAUCACUUGCCUCAACAUCAUGGCUGAGUCCUGCGCAUAUGAAAGCGCAAGCGAGAUGGUCAUAGCAAAUGUCGAUUACAUCGUCAACACCGUCGGUCUGAAGCUCAGCUACGGCGACGUCUCGCCCCAAGCGCCCCAGGUCCUUCUUAUGAUGAUGAGGCUAUGCGGUCCCUCACUAUUACCCUACCUGGACGAUCUGGUGGGCAGUAUAUUCGGCGCUUUGGAAAGAUACCACGGUUAUCCGAGGCUGGUCGAGCUUCUAUUUGCAGUGCUGAAAGGGAUGACGGAAGAAGGAGUCAAGGCGCCACAACUUGCCAUCACUGCCGCCGAAGACCAGAGUACAAAGGAACAGAAGCGAGACGAAAUCGCCUAUAUGCUCGAGAUCCUCGAAACAGUCAAGAAGCAAGAAGCAAAAGCGCUAAAACGAGAUGAAGAACUCCCCAAAGGCUCAUUCCCUCGCCAGCCAUGGGGCGACCCAAAAAAGAGUGAAAACGAGGAACUAACCCAAGAUGAAGACCAACCCGCCGACGACACCCCAUCUAAAGAACCUCCCCCACCCGCCCCCCACAUCUUUACCAUCCUCCUCAAAAUCUCCGAACUAACCCAACACUACCUAACCUCCUCCUCGCCGUCCCUCCGCACAUCCCUCCUCUCCCUCCUGCACACCACCAUCCCCGCCCUCGCCAAACACGAGAACUCCUUCCUCCCGCUCAUCAACACGCUCUGGCCGGUCCUAGUUCCGCGUCUAGAAGACCCUGAAGCGUACGUCGUAGCGAAUGCGCUGGAUAUCGUAGCGCUGAUGUGCGAGCAUGCGGGGAACUUCAUGAAGAGUCGUAUCGAGGCAGCAUGGAGUCUACUCAAGGCGAUACACCGACGGACAGUGAAACGGACCGAUAACCGUUUCGUGAAAAGCAGGGGGAAACCCACCAGCCUCCUCAUCUCCCCCACCUCAACAAGCCUAACGAAAGCACACCCCAUCGACGACGAUCUCACACUCUCACGCCCGGAGCUCUACGUCGACGCGCCUACACGCAUGAUCUGGGACGCGCUCGUGCGCCUGCUCUGCGCCGUCUCGCAACACGUCGGCGUCCAGGAAAAGUACUUCGACGAGAUUCUCGAUAUGCUGGAUCCUGUUCUCGGGGACGCCAAUGUGAGAAAAGCUUUGGAGAGAAGGAGUCCGGAGGCGGUGUGGUUGCGGCUGUAUAAGAAGAGCCAGCUGGAGGAGGAGAGGAAAGGGAACGGCGGCGAGUGGGCUGUCCUGGCGGGGAUUGAAGAGUUGAGGGCGAGAAGGCGGAGGAUGGAAGUACGGCCGGAGUGGGAAUUUGUGGAAGUGUAGGUGGGGGGUAGGGAGAGCUGGCUGGUUUUGCUGUGAUACUUCGACGGACACGUCUGAGGUGCAGUUUACGUGGCGUCAAGCCGGGGCGUCGAGCGGUAGAGAUCGCUAUGGCGUAGAUAGCGAACGGAUCUCUUCCUCUUGAAUGAAGCGAGAACUUUUAGACCGUCGUCUAUGUUCUCUUUCACGAAGUACACUUCAGUUCCGGGGAAAGCUUUACUUCGGCCGCUUCUCGUCCGCAUCUACCCCUUUGGAAGGGAGUGGGGACGGAUCCCUAUCAUAUCAAGCGCACAGACAGCAUAUGGAUUGUACUUUCCACAGCCGGGAAGAACGUAAAGAGAAGGUUAGCGUCAGGAUUGCGGCGAGUCUGUGAGGCAUUCACCAAUAGAGCCAGCUGCGCCAGGCCACGAAACCACGAAGAUUAUAACAACA